AUGGAACCUCAAGAUUUACCCCACAAUCCGGAACAACCGUCAGUUGAUGUUAUGUCUAUAACUGGUUACAAAAGACCUGCAAAUACAUCCAACAGCUGUCUUUUCCCGAAUUGCAGGGCAGAUAAUCCAGUAAGAGUACCACGUUUUAUAAAAUCUCGGAUGUUAGUGGAAUAUAAGUUAUAUAUACCACCAAGUGCCCGCAUCUGUCACGUUCAUUUGACUUUAAACGAAUGGAAUGAUUUCCAGUCCACAAGGGGUGCUUCGACUUCAGAACCUAUUGAGAUGGACUUAGCCAUCCCCAGUAUCCUGUCAUCUAGCAUUAUCCUCGUGCAUCUGGCGACCACCACGAUUGGGUCUUCAGGUGGUGUGAGGAACUUGAUGGGAGAGUCUCCUCGCCCGUCUGCCUCGACCAGGCCCACGAAACCACAGGCAGCGCUAGAUGCCUGCCAACAAUCUCGAUUUAAUUUCGACAAUAUUGAAUCUAUAACAACAUCUGAGCUUCAUUUUUGUACGGGUCUAAAUCAUGAAGAAUUCAACAGACCUCUGGAGCAGACGCCUUCUAUAUCCCAACGCUCGCAACGUCCUAAAACUGUUCUCGGAGCUUAUUUAAUGAAAAUCAGAAGGGGAGAACCAAAUGAACGAUUAUCAAGCCGUUUAGACAUGAGCCGGCGUAGUUUGGAGCGAAAAUUGGAGUUAGCACGUGAAUGUUUAACAAAUGAGUUUGUUCCUCGUCAUCUCGGAUGGGACCACAUUAGCCGUGAAGAAAUUGUAGCAAGAAACUCAACAAUUCCAAAUGCUAUAUUUGGUGUUGACAAUGAAGUGCCACCAGCCAUUUUGAUAUGCGACGGAACCUACAUUUACAUCCAGAAAAGUAGUAAUUUUUUGUUUCAGAAGCAAUCAUAUAGUCUGCACAAAUUCAGAAACCUGCUAAAACCUUUUCUAUUAAUAUGCACAGAUGGCUACAUAGUAGAUGUGACUGGCCCUCAUGCUGCUACGACUUCAGAUGCGACGAUAAUGAAUGCCUAUAUUGAGAAUGAAAUGAAUCCAAUUCAUUAUGUCCUUCAUAAUAAUGAUGUAUUUGUAUUAGACAGAGGUUUCAGAGACGCAAUUUCAACCUUACAGACUUGGGGCUAUCAAGCCCACAUGCCUCCAACAAAACUUAGAAGUGAAAGCCAACUGAGUACAGUAGAAGCUAAUAAAUCAAGAUUAGUUACAAUCACAUGCCCCCAGGCGUUGAAAGUACGUCUUUCAACAAUCUUCAGGUUGUGGCAAUAG